AUCCCCCCGCGCUCGGCGCGCCGUAUGUCAUCAGUGGGUUGAGAGCAUAGACUGUAUGGUUGAGAGCAAACAUCGUUUGAAUGCCGGGAGGCGGUCAUUGGUGAAUCAAGCUGUGUGCAGUAACGUUAGGAGAUUAGUGAAUCGCAGCUGGAAUGCGAGCUUGAUUCACAAAGGCAAGAGAGGGAGACAAAGCCACCGCGCAGAAGAUACGCACACCAGACUGCCACAUCCCGCACAGCCAUGAAGGGAGAGCAUUUAUUUGCCAACAUGAGAAGCGCUCCAUUCGUCCAGCGGGUUUACCUCCUAGGAGGGGAAGAGCUGGUAGUCCUGCAGUCCACCAUGGGAGAGUCCUCACUGGGAGACAGUUUCCAACAAAUCACCGAUUUCAAUGAUCUCCCCACGUCCCUCUUCGCCUGCAACGUGGACCAAUCAGUAUUUGAAGACCAUGAGGGCAAGGAAAUGUUCGAGGCGCUCUUUCUCGCGUACGAUGAGGGUGUGACGUUCCAGCAGUUUAAGAGCUUCCGACGUGUACGAAUCAAUUUUAGUAACCCCAAAGCAGCAGCCAGUGCUAGAAUAGAGCUGCACGAGACACCUUUCAGAGGAAAGAAACUUAAACUCUAUUUUGCCCAGGUGCAGAACCCAGCAUCCGAAGGAGACAAUUUGCACCUGGCUCCUCCCCAGCCUUCCAAACAGUUCCUCAUCUCUCCUCCUGGCUCACCUCCAGUUGGCUGGCAACAGAUUGACGAGACCACACCAGUUAUUAACUACGACCUGCUUUAUGCAGUUGCCAAGCUUGGCCCAGGUGAGAAGUUUGAGCUACAUGCAGGCACAGAGUCUACGCCCAGCGUGGUGGUCCAUGUCUGUGACAGUGAUACAGAUGAGGAAGAGGAACCAAAGAACAACCCUAAACCAAAAAUCAUCCAGACCCGACGCCCAGACCUGCCAGUCUCGCACUGAACUCUACAGCUCCACAGAGUCAGGAGGAUUUAUCCCCUCCACCAUCUCCUUCACAGGACCUCUGCCACCCUCACUCAGAACCUUGUUAAACACACAACCAGGGUCUGAGGAACUCUAAUACAUGUUUCUCAUUCAGCACACACAUGUAUACAAUACUAAAUGUGCUGUCACACAAUUUUAUUUUUAUGUUGCAAUACUCUGUGUUAAAUAUGGCCGCUCUCUGUAACUCUUUCCCAAUCUGACUCUGUUGUAAUGUCAUCUGAUCACCAGUUAGAGGCAGCAUGUAACCGUCCCUGCUCUCACCUACAUUUCUGAUUGGCUCCUGGGCUGUGGCACAUGAUAGUGUCAGAUGUGCUUACUGGCUGAUAGCUGGCCACUUGGCUUUGCUCUUGCACCACAACUAUGUACCAUUUGUACCCAGCAAGCCAUUAAUAAUAUUACAUUCUUCAUAAGGGCAUGCUAGCCGCUAAAUGUGGCUAAACACCAGCGCUGCAUGUGGCACCCUUAGAAAUAUAUCUUCCCUAACAAAUUUCUGUCAAAUAACCCUAGUAUGGCAAAUGGUUCACUUUUGCAGAGCAAAAAGUGCAGACCACAAGAAUCAUUCUCUUCAGGCCAGUGCAUGUUCUGGUAGCUGUUUCCCGCUGUGUAUAACCGUCUCUGUGUCUCGCCAACAGUGUUCUUGAAGAAAAACAAUGCUUUUCCAAACGAUAAGCUGACAUUUUGAUCACACCUUUCAAUGGAACCUAUAUGAGUUGCUUCCUCAAUGUAAUUUUUUUUUUCUUAUGCCCUUUUCAAGAUGGAAACCUUAAAGAACUUUUUUUUUCCUGUAAGCUCCCAUUAGAGAUUAGAUGACAUCAAUGGGUAAUCAGAUGUCAUUUAAUGAAGUCUGUAUCAUGCACGGUUACUCGUUUCUAGAAUUUAAUGUAGUUGUCCAAAUCCAUAGCUCUCCUCGUAGUCUGUGAGACUUUCGCACACAAGUUCAUUUCUAAUCAUGUCAAAGAAAACAUGCACAGUAGGAUGCUACUGAGACAGAUCUUCCAAGUGCUAUUACACAGUGGGUAACAAAAAGCAAACGUUACGAGGAUGAUGUCGACCUUCCUUAUUCAAUCAGUAUCUUUUUGGUGUGCCUAACUCAUUUAUGGAUUAUUUAGCUAAAAAAAUUUAUUUAUAUAUCUAAAGUACAUAACAUCAUGGCAUGCACACACUUUAUCCAUAGAUUUGAGUCGCAAAGGCACUAUAAAACCCGAAUAGUCGGCAAAACAUUAGUUAGUUAUGGUAUAAAGAUUAUAUUAUUUCUUCCAAGAUAUAUAAAUGUCACCCAUCCCGGAAAGUACAUCAACACUGUGAUGUGUCAUUAAUGUAAUCCUUGACUGACGCCCUACGUUGAAAGUAUUAUUGUACGAGUAUGUUGUAAAUUUAAGGAGGUUAUCUGGCUUAAACAUCUGUUGCUCAGUGUUCACGACUUGUUAAGGGUGGUAGCUAUUUUUCACCAUUUUUCCUCAAAUCUCUGUUGAAUUGGAUUGCUCUUUGAUCCAAAUGCUGUAGGUUUGCAACUCAUCUGUCUGUGUCCAUUAGCCUGAAAUAAUGUAGAAAUAAUACACCCCAUCCCCCUGAAGCAGUGACUCUUUCACUGUUCUGGAAACAGGGUACUUACUGCUCUCUCUUGACAUCACCGUCUGCAUUGUGACACACAGAUGUUUCCUUAUGCUACCACAGCCUCAAGCCUUAUUUGAUUUAUUGCUCACAAGACGAGCAGUGCACACUCUGGUCCUCUUCUCUGAAAAAAAAA